AUGUCAAAUCUAUUGAGAAAGUUGUACAGUACCAAAUCCAACAAUCAGCAACAAUCGCAAAUUUUAGAACAAGCUCAACUCACCAGCAACAAUUCAAUGGAUCAAUACCACCAGUCUACUUAUCCAGGUGAAGGAAUUGUUCACCCAGUAUUGGCGCAAUCAGCGCCUACUACUACGAAUGUGAGUGCCACCACUACUGUUAAUGUGACACAAGCUCAACAGCAGCAACAGCAGCAACAGCAACAGCAGCAACAACAACAACAACAACAACAACAACAACAACAACAACAAAGACAACACAAUACCAAAAGUGCUAGCGAAGACGCAAUUCAGAGAUCUCUACUUCCAUCAAGAUCUACGGUGAGUAAAGGAAAGUAUUCUCUUGCCGAUUUUUCAAUUAUGAGGACAUUGGGAACGGGAUCUUUUGGUAGAGUCCAUUUGGUAAGAUCCGUACACAAUGGAAGAUACUAUGCCAUCAAGGUCUUAAAGAAACAACAAGUUGUUAAAAUGAAACAAGUAGAGCAUACAAAUGAUGAGCGCAAAAUGCUAAAGUUGAUAGAGCACCCAUUUUUGAUAAGAAUGUGGGGUACUUUCCAAGACUCCAAGAACCUAUUUAUGGUUAUGGACUAUAUCGAAGGUGGUGAAUUGUUCUCAUUGUUGAGAAAGUCUCAAAGGUUUCCCAAUCCUGUUGCCAAAUUUUAUGCAGCCGAAGCAACGUUGGCUUUGGAAUAUUUGCACAGUCACGAUAUAAUCUAUAGAGAUUUAAAGCCAGAAAACAUUCUAUUGGAUAGAAAUGGGCAUAUUAAGAUUACUGAUUUUGGAUUUGCCAAGGAAGUGCACACAGUUACUUGGACGUUAUGUGGUACACCGGACUAUAUUGCUCCAGAAGUGAUAACGACAAAACCUUACAAUAAAUCAGUUGAUUGGUGGAGUCUUGGUGUGUUGAUUUUCGAGAUGUUAGCUGGCUAUACGCCAUUUUAUGAUUCUACCCCAAUGAAGACUUAUGAAAAGAUCUUGGCAGGAAAAAUACACUAUCCCAGCUUUUUCCAGCCUGACGAAAUUGAUCUUUUGUCCAGACUAAUAACUGCAGAUUUAACUAGAAGAUUGGGAAAUUUGAUAAAUGGUCCCGCUGAUAUUAGAAACCAUCCUUGGUUUCAAGAAGUUGUUUGGGAAAAGCUUUUAGCCAAAGAUAUUGAAACGCCUUAUGAACCCCCAAUCACUGCGGGUGUUGGAGAUACGUCCUUAUUCGAUCACUACCCCGAAGAACAAUUAGACUAUGGAAUACAAGGAGAUGAUCCAUAUAAACAAUACUUUCUCGAUUUUUAG